UACCUAUCCUGUCUAGAGCGUGUCUCCGAGGGGUCGGCCGCCGCCAACGCACUGGAUCCUGCGAACAAGUCCCAGCCCCCAUUCAACUACAUAGGAAAGAGUUACCGAUCUCCACCGCCGAUUACUCAUUGUGUCUGUUCCAAUUGGUCUUCUGCUGCAGGCGGCUCCAACGUUCUGAGAUAACCGUCUAUCUAUCUGCAUGGAUGGAUCCGUUGGGCGUAUAUAAUAGCCGAUUCUCCUUGCAUCUGUUCCUUCCCUUCCGGUUGCUCUCUGUUUCACUUCUAGUGCGGUGUCUCCCCUUGAUUAUUUCUCCAUGAAGGCCAACACAUUGCUCGGUCUACUUGGCGGGGCACUCGCACUGGCCGACCAGCGCACGGGUUUCUAUAAUAAUCCGGAACCUCUGAUUCCAUCGACUGAAGGGGCAUCUACAGAGGAGUUGGAGGCGAGAUGGGGCACUGAUUGGGGAUUUUCGGGCAUUACAACCUUUGCGCAUCUGAAGCAUACCAAAUGUCUGGUGUCGCCGGAUGAACUGUUUGAUAUUGGGAUCAUUGGGAUCCCAUUUGAUACGGCUGUGACAUACCGACCAGGUGCUCGUUUCGGCCCACGAGCCAUCCGUGCUGCCUCCGCUCGACAGACCAGCUUCCGUGGCUUCAAUCACCGUGCGGGGCUCAAUCCAUACGCCUCGUGGCCCGUUAUUUUGGACUGUGGCGAUAUCCCAGUGACCCCAUUUGAUAAUGCCCUCGCCCUGCACCAAAUGACAUCUGGUUAUCUUGAGCUCGUCUCACGGAAAGCAUACAACUACGAGAACCCUCCGUCUCACAAACAUCCCAAGUUGAUUACGCUGGGUGGCGAUCAUAGCAUCGCACUUCCCGCUCUCCGCGCACUGAACCAGGUCUAUGGCAAACCCGUCUCCGUGAUCCACUUCGACGCCCAUCUCGACACCUGGCAUCCAGGCAAAUAUCCCAGCACAUGGGCCAACUCGCCAACCCAGGCAGACUUUACCCAUGGUAGCAUGUUCUGGCUCGCUAGACAGGAAGGCCUGAUCGCCAAUUCUACCUCUGUCCACGCGGGUUUGCGCACCCGUCUCUCCGGAGAGGACUACUCCGAUUACGAAGACGAUGACCAGCAGGGAUUUCUCCGCAUUGAAGCCGAUGACAUUGAAAUCCUAGGCGUCGAGGGUGUCGUUCGAGCCAUCAUGGAGCGAAUGGGGACGGAAAAUCCGGUGUAUCUGAGCGUUGAUAUCGAUGUCAUUGACCCUGGCCUCGCACCUGGUACUGGAACCCCCGAAGUAGGCGGUUGGACCUCACGGGAGAUGAUCCAGAUCCUGCGCGGAAUCGAUGGUCUGAAUCUUGUGGGAGCGGAUAUCGUCGAGGUGGCGCCCGCUUACGACAUGACUGGUGAAUCGACUGCAUUGGCCGCUGCCCAGUUGGUCUUCGAGAUGGUGACAAGUAUGGUGAAGCGAGGGCUGCAGGACCGAGGGGAAUAUAUUGAAAGGGUUCCUCCUCGUAAGAACUGGUUCUUGUCAUCCGAGAAGGUUGUGGGGACGGAUGAUUCCGUUUCCAGCCAGAAGCCUCUUAAACAUGAUGAAAUCUAGGUUCUUAGAUCGAGCAUGAGCUCUACAGGACGAGGCAUUCAAUGCUGAAAUGGUUGUAUAUCAAGAAUUGAUUAUUUCUGUAUUUUCCAUCCUGGAAACGUACGCAGGAAUGAAUUCACCAAGAAAUAAAUUAUCCGCGUUCGUG